UUUCAUGUAGUCGUCCAUCAAGCUUCUUUCACUACAUACGCAAACUUUUGCAUGUAGCUCAACGUUCAGACAUGAUCAGCUCAGCCGCAUGCAAUGCAGUGUAUCGCGGUCGGAGCUUUUCAAGACCAUUUUCAACUUUCUACGGGGCUCAAAAGUAUACGUACAGCACACAAACAGAAAACCAGCGAUAUUGGACCAGUAUUCCUGCGUGGAAAGAUGUGGAAUGCAAAGAGUUUGUUAGCUACAGGUUCCAGCUUCGACACACUGUCAAUCACGCCAAACUCAACAAGUUUCUCAGCGACGCUCUUCCGGAUACACUAGCACCAUCAGACAAUCCCCAAUUGCAGCAUAUCCAGACGAAGCAGGAUUUCAUUGAAGAUGCUACUUCUGGAUUAGAGGCUGCUCCCAUGGCUGUUAGACUCACGCCCCAUAUACUCUCUCGUAUCAACUGGGCAGCCCCCCUUGACGAUCCCAUUCGACGCCAGUUUCUCCCUCUUAGAAGCAGCAUACUUGAAGACCACAAGUCACUAACACUGGAUUCUCUCGACGAAGAAGCUGACUCGCCUGUCCCAGGCCUGGUGCAUAGAUACCCUGGCCGAGCGCUAUUUCUAGCGACAUCAAUCUGCCCAGUCUACUGUCGGUUCUGUACACGGUCGUACGCAGUGGGCGCGCCUACGGAAACCGUAUUUAAGUCCCCUCAAAAACCGUCUAGGAAGCGCUGGGAGAGGGUUUUUCAGCAUAUCGAGAAAGAUCACUCUUUACGGGACAUUAUCAUUUCGGGCGGCGACGCGUAUUACCUGUCGGCAGAGGAUCUCCACGAGAUUGGUGAGCGUCUUCUUGGGAUCCCACACAUUCUACGUUUUCGCUUCGCUUCAAAAGGUCUAGCCGUGGCCCCCGGCCGUAUUCUGGAUCAAACCGACCCUUGGGCUAGCACACUAAUUGACCUUUCAAACCAGGGUCGACGGAUAGGCAAGCAAGUGUGCCUGCAUACGCACAUAAAUCAUCCGAACGAGAUAACAUGGAUUACGCGAAGUGCAGCAAAUCAUCUGUUUGCGAACGGUGUGAUCGUCCGAAACCAGUCUGUGUUGCUCAAGGGCGUCAACGAUGAUGUUGAAACGAUGGGGAACCUGAUCAGAUCGCUGUCUGAAAUAAACAUCCAGCCUUACUAUGUGUAUCAAUGUGAUCUUCAUAUUCGCGGGACCUUCUCUGGAUUUAUGCUACCUUCUUUUGUGGUCGAUCUACCCGGUGGGGGCGGAAAGCGCUUAGCUUCGACCUUCGAGAGUUACUUGGAUGGAAUUUCUACGUGGGAAGCACCGGGAUUGCCUGGAGAGAAAGGAAGAAAGCGAUAUCUUUAUUACGAUCCCAUUAUACCGGGUGGCAUUGAUGAGUUUCCGAGAAUAUCAGACGGGGAGAGUACAGGUUAA